AUGACGGAGCCCUUCCCGUACGCUGUGGUGGUGACGGACCUUGACGGCACACUACUCUCACCCAGUAGCACUGUGACGGCCCGCUCCCGUGCGGUACUCUCUCGCCUCUCGCAGGCCGGUGUUUACAUCGUGUUGGCCACUGGCCGUAUUCACAGCGACGUGGCGUCUAUUCUGUACAAUAUGCAUUUGCCGCAGCCGGGAUAUCUCGUCACCUCCGGUGGUGCGCGGGUACAUUUAAUCGGCUCUAAACAAGAAGAGAAAGGCACUACUACUACUACAGGGCUUCCUCCAAUGGAACUUAUCGUGGAACGCGAUGUGGAGCCGGAAGUGGUGUGUGAUCUGCUGCAGAUGAUCCCACCAGGUGAGACGGAGAUAAAUAUAUAUAUGUAUCAAGGAGAUGACUGGAAAUGCACUCUCGACUGGCAUGAAGAACUUGAAAACUACAAGGAUAGUGGAUUAAGAUAUACAUUGGUAGACCCACAAGAACUCGUACAGGAGUAUCAGGAAUACCUAAAGCACCAGAAGGAAGAAGAAGCGAAAGGAGGUGUUACCAAUAACGGUACUUCUCACAGGAAGAAUCCCCUCGCAGGAAUGGGGAAAGUGGCAUUUCUUUCCGAUAAUGUUGAACGGCUACAUGCACUUGAACGUGAUAUACUACAGAAAUAUCCAAAAAGGGUAGAAGUGGUGUUUUCAGCCACUCACUGCCUUGACGUGUGUGGAGCGGGUGUGACGAAGCGGAGUGCUAUUGAGGCAUUACUGCGGCGACUCCCACAACAGAAUGGGGCUCCACUGACGAUGGCAAACUGCAUUGUCUUUGGGGAUGGUAUGAAUGAUAAAGAGAUGCUGGCGGCUGGGGCGAAGGGGUGUGUGAUGGGCAAUGCAAAUCCGAGACUGAAGGCCCUUCUACCACAGAUGGAGGUCAUUGGGACCAAUGCAGAGGAUGGGGUGGCAAAGAAGCUGGAGGAGGUUUUCAAACUUGAAUAA